AUGGCGAGCACAUCGAAUUUCGCGGAUCCAUCGGAAGACAAUGGAACGAUUAUUCAAGGUCAGUAUGCGAUUAUCUGCAAGCAAGGCGGUGAGCAAAUUCGAUCGAUGCGCAUUCUUCCCAAGCAAAAUCUCCUCAUCGAGAAGCUCAAAGUGAAUACUGACGCUUUGAUCGGUCAACCGUUUGGUCUUUUCGAGAUCAAUUCCGGCAUCCCGGCACCAAUUUCGUUUGCGAAACUUCUCGCAGACGGGACUGUGGAUAUUGAUGCACAGGUUGAGAAUUCUUCCACUGAAGCACCCCAAUACGCUCCAUCAAGUGAUCAAGCUGCUCUAAAUGAUGCUCAGGCUCGUCAGAAAUACUCGGAAGAAGAAAUUGACGAGAUGAAAAGAAAAGGUGCCAGCGCUUCUGAAUUGGUUGCAAAGCUUGUCGAAGGGAGUCAAACAUUCCAUAAUCGGACAGAAUACGCGAAGAGCAAAUACAUAAGAAAGAAAGCCAGAAAACAUUCGGAUCGAAUUUUUGUUCUCCGUCCAACCGUUCGUCUCCUAUGUGAAAGCUACUAUAAAAAGGACGCGGAUCGAAUCGGGAAUUUGAGAUGGGAUCAGCUCGGACUCAUCCUACAAUUGGCCGGAGUUCAUUCAGGAAAACGAGUCGUCAUGUUUGAGCAAUCGUGCGGGAUUCUAGCGUCAGCGGUGCUCGAACGGUUGGGCGGUCGUGGAAGUAUGAUUUAUUUGCAUCGAGGACUUCAAGCUCAAGGCAUUCCGUGCGUCCAAGCGAUGAAUUUCUCAAGCCAGGUGAUGGGCACAUUGCACUCACUCCGGAUUGACACUCUUCUGAAUGACGGUAUCCCACGAGAAGAUCGAGAAAUUCCUCCCGGAAUGCCAAAACAGGAAACUUCUGAUUCGAUUGUGAGUGAGAAUUUGUUAAAUCAAAGAGAUGAAGAGAAAGAAGAGGAGUCGACGGUGAUGAUCAAUAUUGAAAAACGAGCCGAGAGGUCAUCACAACAGAGAAUGGCGUAUGCGCAAUUGUGCAACGGUUAUGAUGCGCUUCUUAUUUCAACGAGAACAGUUGAUCCGGUCUCACUUCUCGAGUUUUUGUACGAGAGUUUGCGUCCAUGUGGAACAGUUGUCAUUUACAGCCCGAAUCAGCAGUCGAUGGUGUUAGCACAAUCUUGGCUACGAGCAAAAGGAGCCGUCAACAUUCAAAUCCAGGAACAAAUGUUUCGAAUUCAUCAGGUUUUACCACAACGGACGCAUCCUUUGAUGAGCCAAAUGGUAGUCGGUGGAUGUAUCGUUUCGGCAAUAAAGGUUGUUGGCCCUCCGCCUGUGCCCCAAGCGAGUCACACUGCA